AUGGCCGACGACCGCAUCGUCAAGCCUACCGAGCCCGAUGCCCUCAUUCUGGAGGCAUGGGGCCAAGGCCUGAUGGUUGGUAGUUUGCUGAUCAUGGCGGCCAUCACGGUUGCUAACAUGAAGAAACACAUUCUCUUGCACAAGCUGAUCUUUGCCGAGCUCAUCCUGGCCAUGGCCCAUGGAACCUUUAUCUUCCCCCACGAGCCGGUUUAUGGUUGGUACCUGUCCGUCACGGCUAUCGGGUUGAAUAUCUCUUGGGCAUUGCACAAUGUCAUCGCGUGGAUGAAAUGCAAGGCUUUUCUCUCUCGGAAGGUUUCGAUUUUCUACAUCGUUACUGUUAUUCUUUGCUGGCCAUACUGGGGUUUAGAGAUUUACGCCAACUUUACGUACUUCAACAAUAUCAAUAAGUUGUUCCUGAAGACGAGGCCUUUGGAGCCGUUGUUCCGGUUUGUUAUCCUAUCCUCUCUGCCUCCAUGGAUGAACCCACUAACAAGAUUGAUCUGCAGUGAUCCUUGGUGGGUAUUCACUACAGUCAAUCUGUUCUGGACCAUCAAACGCCAAUACAGCUUCGGACUCUACGAACUCGUGAGAAUCAGCCCCCGUAUGGGCAUCAUGCUCGGAGCAAUGUGCUUGUCAAUCAUCUUCAUCAUCGUCGAUACCUGCAGCGUGACCAAUGUCUUUUCCAGCCUUCUCCCGACAGGCGUCGAACCCUUCUGGAAGUUAUCGUUUAUCUUCAAGUGCCUCUGCGACACGGUCAUCCUCGAUGAUUUCAAAACAGCCCUCGAUCGGAUGCGCGCACACUGGAUGAAGAAGACCGCCAAUACCGAGAUCCACUCAACGCCCACGCCUCUUACCAGACCACAAGCUCGCAGACCCCAUGACAUCGAGGCCAUGCCUUCCGCCAGUGAUAAUGAUAAUUCCAUCAAGGUUACAGUCACCCACUCGGUUUUUAGGGAAGACAUUCCUUUGCGCGAUGCCUAG